AGUUGAUGCAUUUCAUUUAGUUAGAAUCUAUUUCAACUGCCAUUUACGAUAUUUAGCAGAAGCAAAAGUGUGCCCGGCCCGGCUAUGUCGUUUCUGUCGCCAACGCUGCGCAUGGAGAAUCUGUCAACAGUGCCCAUCAUGAGUCUGGACCAUGUGCCCGAGGCACAGCGCUACAACAAAGAGAACAUCGUCGCCCAAUGGUGUGCGCCCAUCAAUGGCAAGAUGUACCGCAUCGAACUGGAGCACGGCACCACAAGUGGACGCCGCAUGAUCUGGGUCAAUGGUCGGGAGGUGUUGCGACGAGACUGGAUGUUUAAGUUGGUUGGCGAGGAUACGUUUGAAAUCGAUCAGGCGCGGUGCAUUAUUCGCGUGGAUCCCGCGCCCGGCUUCAAAUAUGAAUACUCGCUGUACAUUGAUGGCAAGCCGCACGCUCAGUAUGCCGAGGAGCUGACACGCCUAUAUCGCCUCUGGCUCUGCACAUGCGGCACGGAGCAGGCUGGGGCAACGGAUGCGUCCCAGGAGUACCGCAUCAUGCUCAAGCUGGACACGCUCAGCUUGUAUGUAAACGAUGAGCUACGCGAGGAGAUGGCCGUUUUUGUGCACGGCGGCACGGAUACGAGCUUUGUGCUGCAGGACACACAAUUUGUAUUACAGGCACGCUCAAGCGGCAACAAACACGACGGCAUCGUGCACACCCUGCUCGUUAACGGCGUGCCUGUGCCGGAAGCAAAGAUACAGCAAAUCAUGCAGGAACCCGUCUCCAUACUACAAACUAACUAAAUCUAGCUAAGACAAAGGGCUUCACAUUUGCAUCUGUUCAUUAAUUCCUUGUGUUUUCGUCAACUUAGAUUCAUACUAAAUCGGUUUCAGUAGUAAAUAAUGGGAUUACUGAUGCCGUUGUCUAUAGAAAUCUAUCCAAUGUUUAGGAAAGUGCAAUGCAUAACCAUGUAGAGAUAUGUUAAUUAUAUGGAACCAAACUUUAUUGCAGACUAUACAUAUGUUUGAAUUGGUUGGAUUGGACCAAUAUAAGUAUCUUAUAGCUGAGUUGGGAGCGAUCGAUCAACAAUUAAGUUGUAUUAUGAACAGCUUUUUAUAAUUUUCACUAUGUUCCUUAUAUCUGAGCAAAGUCCUAUCAAAAAUGAACUGCUAUAACAUAUAUGUCUAGUGCAAGAAUUGGUUAAUAAAUAAAUUGUUAUAAGACAGAAUAUUCUAUUCUCUUACGAUAUCUGCAAAACUGUAUCAAAUCAAACUACGAUAUCUACAAGGAUAUUUUAACCUUAGCAUUCCUUUGUUAACUUUUUUAGUUGACAUUACAAAUAUGCCAGACCCACGUCCAUAAUGAACUAAAUAUUGGUUAAAGUUUUACUUACACAAUAGUUUAUUCGUUUGUUUAUAUGCAUAAUUGUAACGCAAAUUGUUUACGUUCUCAAUUUCAUUUGACAUUUUGCUAGCAUUCAAAGUACUUGAAGUGCAUUUAGUAUAAAAAAGGAAAAACACAAAAAACAAAAAUUGAUUAGAAACAGCACUUGAAAAAAGAAA